CUGAUCUACAUAACGUCGGAAAGUGAACAUGCUAAUAUUGCUUACAUGGAGGGUGCUUUACUGGCCUUCUAUCUCAAUGACGAAAGCACAGAACUGGAGGAUAUGUUUAAGCUGCUGUCUAAAAAAUACCGCGACACCAAGGACCUCCAAAUAUUUGCUAUCAACUGUGACGAAUACAACGCUCCUAAAGCAUGUAGAGAAAUGACUGACCUUCCGACUGUGAAACACGGUUUCAUGGGACGACUGGCAAAAGAGAUAAGCUUCACCACGGAAGAGCAGUACGAUUCUCACAUCGUCAGACUUCUCAAUAUCCUGGCGGAGGGUGGACACAUAUUGAGAAGGAACUUGGGGAAGAUAUUUGAGCUGACAAUUUCAAAUAUCGGCGAGCAAAUUCACCGAUAUGACGUUAGCUUUGUGUACUACUAUUCGUCAGCCUGCGGGAGGUGUCCAGAGUGUGACAAGGUGUGGGGUGAUAUUCACGUCCUCUAUGCUAACCACCCCCUCAUCUUACCGGGCAGGGUAGAUUGUAACUUUAACCGUGGAACCUGCAAACAAGCUGAUACUCGUGGCUCUGAAAUCGCAGUGUACUACAAGGGUGUUUAUCACAGCAAAUACAGUGGCACCUUCAAAUACGGCCCGAUUUUCAAAUUUUUAGAGAAAAUGUACAAGUCGCCGCCUCCUGGUGUGUUCAUUGUAGAACCUGAGGACAGAUAUGUCGAUCGAAAAAAACGGCUAACAAAAGAUGAGGAAAAAGAAGCAACAGUUGAUGAUAUCCCAAAAGGAGAGAAAAUAGACGAAUCUUCCGAUGCACCUGAGCGAUCAGGACACGCCUUGAUUGUGACGUCAGAGAACUUCAACUACACCCUAACCAACAACAAGCUCGUAUUCCUCAAGUUCUUUGUGCCGUGGUGUGGUCACUGUCAGAAACUUAAACCUACCUGGAAACUCUUAGCUCAAAGUUUCCGAGACGUAUCAGAUAUAGUUAUAGCGAUGAUUAACUGUCAGAAUGAAGAGCACCUGUGUAAGAAACAUCUUGUUUACGGUUACCCCACUAUGUUCACAUUCAUUGACGGGAAACAGACUUAUAGAUACAGAGAGGAGCGGACGCUGAACAACUUAAUAGAUCACGUCAAGGAGAAAUAUUACACCGCUAUAGAAGACGAUCUGAAGUUUAACACUAAGCCUUUCCGUAUCUCCAGUCAGAAUGUGUGGAAUGUUCUUGGAGUAAGGAAGUACACGAUGGUACUGUUCACAGCGGAGCAGUGUAAUGCUUGUGUUAUGAACCAGCACUACUUCGAGGAAACGUGGAAAGCCGUUAAGUCACAGACUAUGCUGAAUGACAAGCUCAUGUUGGCGACUGUUUACUGUCAGAUUGAUUUGGAUCUCUGUAAAGAAAUGGGCGUCACGCAGGUCCCAUACAUAGUUCUAUACGAUAUAGACGAGAAGAUAGAUCCGGGAGCAGCCCCCUCAGAGCCUCUUUUACACCCUUUCUUAUCAGUACAGUCUCACAUAAACAGUUCUCCUAACCAUCUUGCUAUGGACGUUAUCGCCUGGCAGAAGAAAAGCAAUGAUAUGAGGGCAGAGAUCGAGGAAGAGAAAUCUCGGGAGAGGCGUGCUGUUGAGAUUAGUGCUAAAUCUUCCACACCUAAAGCUGCCCCUAAAACAGAAGCUGUGACUGAACUAGGAGAUGAUAAUUUCAAGGCUCAGCUGAAGAAAAGCAGGUUCACGCUGGUAAAGUUCUACGCGCCAUGGUGCGGGCACUGUAGAAAGUUAGCCCCCAUCUGGACGGAAAUUGGAGAACACUACAUCAACCAACAAGAUGUUGUGCUGGCUAAAGUGAACUGUGACGCUCACGAGAAACUAUGUGACAAACACAAGGUUAACGUCUUCCCUGCCCUGUUCCUGUUCGAGAACGACAAGAAACUGAAACACGCCUGUAAGCGCCGUAAGAAGGAGGAUAUAAUGCAGUUUGUUGAUAAGUUCCUGAAGACUGCACCUGCUGACGGUAGUGCCCCAGUAGAACCUGUGGAGGAACCAGAACUAGUGCCAGAGAAGAAACUAAACGGAGUUCAGGGCGCUGUGUGGCAGCUGGACAAGGAGGACAUGUUGAUGCUCCUCGAAGAUAAGAAGAAAGAUUUCCUGUUUGUGCUGUAUUAUUACGGGAGUGAGAAGAAGCUAAUGUAUAAGCUGAGUGACACGUGGGACAGGAUAGCCACCAUGUACAUGGAUGAUAAGAGAAUCACAAUGGGUCGAGUAGACUGUGAUAUAGAGUUGAACCUUUGUUUACGCUACCAGUCCAACACAAGGAAAGAUUACCCUCAACUAUUCUUAUAUGAUAAGCAUUUGAACGUUAGUUUCGAGUGUAUGAAACGAGGUGAAGCCCAACUGAUUGAGUUUAUCGAGAGUCACAUGGAGAAGAAAUCCAAGGGAGAACAGGCCAAAGAUGAACUUUGAUAACUUAUUGUUGACUUGAUAUACAUACAAUAUUAUAAUACUUUUUAUAUAGUAAAAUAAUUUUUAUUUUUGAUAUUUUUGUACAGGAACUUAUAUAUUUGAUAUUGAGUUCACCAGUUUUUUCAGUGGGAAAUUAUGUAAUUUGGUUUGAUAUUUUCGGAAGGCUAGCUAUAAAGUCAAUUUGCCCCGAGUGUCGGGUAUGUGGAAAAAUUAGAGUUCCGUUAAAUCUUGGCUUUAGGUAUCUUUAGAAUAACCUUAAAAAUAGAUCUCUUGACGGUUUUUUCGCGUUUCUCAGUAAGGAUCAUUCGAGCAUUUUCGAUAUUUUGUGUCAUUUUAAUUAGGGUCUAACACGUAUUUAAAUUGUCUUUCUAUUUUUAUUGACUGGGUUUAUUACCUUGUGUAAGACUAUUUCUCGUAUUUUGAUAUGUGGUUUGAAAGUUUAUUAUCAGAAAUGUAUAUUGAUCAAUAUCAUCUAAAAAACACCGCAAUUUAUAAUCAAACACUCACUUUUUACAUUUUAUAUUGUACAUAAUGUCAUGAAUGUAAAACAUUAAGAUUUCCCCUACUAAUAUAGAGUUAUCUCGACUAGCAAAAUGUUGUAACAUAAACUUUUUAUACUUUUAUAAACUUUAUAGCUUAUACAAUAUACAUUUAUACAAUUUUAUUCUCGUUAUGAUAUUUUUACAUGGGUAUUUCAAUCUAUAUUUGACUGUAUUAUAACUAUAAGAUCAAAUUUAUUUUUGAACUACUGACUUAAA